AUGAACACUGCAGCCCCAAGUUCCUAUCCGAUGGCUACGCUUUAUGUGGGAGACCUUGCUCCUGAUGUCAACGAAGCUGUUCUUUUUGACAAAUUCAGUGCAACUGGACCUGUUGUUUCCAUUCGUGUUUGCCGUGAUUUGGCGACUCGACGUUCUUUGGGUUAUGCUUAUGUCAACUUUCAACAAUCGGCUGACGGUAUGAAGGCAUCUCUUUCUUGUAAUUUGUACAAAUUAUACUCGUUUCUGUUCAAAUGUAUUAUAUACUUGCUAGAUCUGUAAAAAUAUAAUAAAAUUGCUGCUUUUUGCAGCCGAAAGAGCGUUGGAUACGAUGAAUUUUACACCGAUCAAGGGCCGGCCAUGUCGAAUCAUGUGGUGUCAACGCGAUCCUUCUCUGCGAAGAUCUGUUGUUGGGAGUAUUUUUAUCAAGAAUUUAGAUAAAAGUAUCGACAACAAGGCCUUGUACGACACUUUCAGCGCCUUUGGUAACAUCCUUUCUUGUAAGAUCUCGUUGGACGAAAACGAAGGCUCCAAAAGUUUUGGUUAUGUGCAUUUCGAAACUCAAGAGGCUGCCGAUCAAGCUAUAGAGAAAGUCAAUGGCAUGUUGUUAAAUGACAAGAAAGUGUAAGUAUUUGAGGAAUUUUAGAAGAAAAUUUGGUAUAGAUGCACAAAUUUACAACUGGUUGCAAUGUAUUUUUAGUAGCCUCCUCCACAGAGUAGAGACAUACAGAGACGUAAAUAGUGUACCCCCACUUUUUUUGUGCGCAUGCUCGGCAAGUUACUAGAUGCAUGCAUCUGAUUGGAUGACAACCUGAUGACGACUCACUUUAAACUUGCUGAGCAUGCGCAGUUGAUCAUUUUUCGCCCGGUCGCCUGAAAAAAAGUAGGUACAUGAUAACGUAAUCUUCCGCAGUGUUUACAACGGUCAGUUACGUCUCUGUAUGUCUUAUCUACUCUGUGCCUCCUCCACAGGUUUUACUGUUUUAGCCUGCGAAUGGGUUUUGAAAAAAAAUUUUCUGACCACCCAAUUCCUCGGGUGAGAUGCCUACGGAGGGCAUAGCAGCCCAGUGUCAGGGCCGUAGCGAGCGGGGGUGGGGGGGGGUUGCUUCGUUACUGUUCGCACAGAAUAGAGAUACCACACAUGACUUCUUGUUAUGGUUUUGGGUAACUGUUGCAAUGCUGUUGCCAUGUUCCUAGCCAUUACUCCUUACAUGAGGCAUUCACCCCCUGGAAAUGCUAAAAAUGGCAGAUGUUCAGGGGGGUAAAUGCCCCUUGUAAGUGCAGUGGCUUCCUAGGAACAUGGGAAAUGCAUUUUGAUGGGAAUCAUGGUGUGGUGGUGUUACACUUUUUUGUCCGAGUCGGAAUUCCGUAUGGUCCCUAUUCUGUGUCUGUCGACUCGACUGUAAUUGAGAAUUUCCCUCCAUCAUCAGGUUUGUAGGUAAAUGGAUGUCGAAAAAGGAGCGUAUAGAGCAGCUUGGUGGUGCGCCGAGGAAAUUCACCAAUAUUUAUGUGAAGAAUUUUGGUGACGAUUUCUCGGAUGAAGAGAUGAAGAAACUCUUUGAGCCGUUUGGUGAGAUCCAGAGCAUGAGAAUCAUGAGAACUGAAGAUGGCAAAAGCAGAGGCUUUGGCUUUGUCAGUUUUGCUGAACCUGAUAGUGCUGGACAGGUAUGGAGGUUUGAGUGUGCUUGUGUGUUGUCUAUCUUUGUAUUAUAUUCUAAAUGGACCUUUGCAAACACUUGACGUAACAAUAGGGCCACUCAGUCACAAUUUAGUCAUCAGAGUCUUCCAUUGUCUGUGCUGUGAAUCACUCUCUCAGACUAAUUACAAGUAAUUAGGCAGAACAAACAUGUCUAAUCAAUCGCAUGAUUGUAUAUGUGAGAUCUUCAAUACUGCUUAGAAAUAAUGACAUUGAGUCAGUCUAGUAGUGGUCUUAUAUACUAAAACUGUCUGUACCAGUGUAGGUAGUACCAAUGUAAAAAUGCUGUCCUGAGUGGUUAUAUUACUACCUUAAAAAAUAAGCAGAAACUCUUCCCCCUCUGUUGUCCUGAUGGGGGAAGGGGGUUUCCCAUUGUUGGGGAAGUAUGAAUCUUUUCUAGAACGAUCCAUUGUCUUUCAUUAGGCUGUGGACGAAAUCAACGAGAAGGAGGUGAACGGGAAAAUCUUGUACUGUGGCCAAGCAGAGCUCAGGCGUCGCUUCCAGCAGCAGAAGAUGGAACGGAUCAAUCAGUUUCAAGGUGUUAACUUGUGCAUCAAGAACCUGGAAGAAACAAUUGAUGAUACUCGACUGAGGAAGGAAUUUGAGAGUUACGGUACUAUCACUAGUGCUAAAGUGAUGAGGGACGAUAAAGGAAACUCUAAAGGUAUGUUUGACAUUGAAAUGGCUUGCUUUUUAGUGUAUUGGCAGGUUUCAGUAAGUGUUACGGAGCAGUAAAUUGUGAUAGACUGUUGAUGCUGAUAGGAACAAGAAAAAGUACAUCACUCAAUUUUUACAUAUACGCCAGUGACCAAAUAAAAAUAUUAUACCUCAAAUUCAAAUUGUCCAAUCAGGAAGCUUAGUUUGUGCCACGUGAGCAUGAAAUUAAUCGCGAUAUCACGCCUUACGUCAUCAAUUAGCGAGCCUGCGUUCUUUUUGACAUAGCUCAGUGGUUCCACCCCAUGUUCCCCGGGGAACAUGGGGUGGAACAUUAUUCGCGUAGACCACGCGAGACAACACGCAUGACAACAACAUGGCCGACAAAAUAUAAAUGGUAUUAUACAAUUACUUUAUGGUUUCCGUGUUUGGAUGGCCUGAUCCAAACACGCGGGAAUGUUGCGAGAGUUAAGAAAAGCGCGCGAAACACGAGCCGAAGGCGAGUGAUUUUGCGCACUUUUCUUAACUCGAGCAACAUUCCCAAGUGUUUGGAUCAGGCCAUCCAAACACGGAAACCAUAAAGUAAUUGUUUUAUAAAAUAACUACAACACGAUAGUCUUCCGUGUUUGGAUGGCCUGAUCCAAACACGGGUUUCGACCAAUCAGAGCACGCGUUAUAUACAUGUUAUUUUAUAAUGAUGAGUGAUGAAUAAUCUGGGUAAAUGAUGUAAGACCUGGGGCUUUUUCAAAAUUUUGAAGUAAAUUUUGAAAAAUGUUGUCAUUAAUAUUCCAAACGAUAUGUGAUUCGAAAGAAAAGCGACGAUACUUGCGUUAAUCCGAAAAUAAAACAUCGUAUUCACUAUUCACGAAGGACCGAAGGUAUGUGUCAAGUUUUUAUUUCUCAACUUGGAGGCUUUUAAUUUUCGGUAUAAUAUAUCAUUUAUAGACCCUCCGCUCGGGGAAUUCGGCGAAAUAUUACCCUCAGUGAUGAUAUUUCCCUCGGGGCAAAGCCCCUCGGGAAAUAUCAUCACUUCCGGUAAUAUUUCGCCGAAUCCCCCUCGCUCUGGGUCUAUAAAUGAUAAGGGUUGCAUUGUGACAUCAUUGUUGAUGCUGAUCAACUGUUGUUGACACUUAUAGCAUGCAGCUAGCCAAUUAACCCAUUGAACACUUACUAGUACUCUCCCCUGGACAAGCAAAAUCAUCUGGCAUUAGACAGAGUAAUGUGAAGCUUGGUCCUCACUACGACGCAUGCAUAAGCACAAGUAUUAGAGGGGAUCAAACAUAUUAAUUUCUUAUGUACUGUCUUCACUACGAUGCGACAUAAGCAAAAGACAACCCUCGAAAUUCGCCUCGGCACUCGGCAAUUGCCGAGGCAAGUUACGAUUUUUCAUAGUUUGCCUCGGCAAAAAAAUGCCGAGGCAAUUUCCGCACCGGGGUGAACGAGUGUUAUAACCUUGAAUUACAAACUACAGCGCCGGUUCAUUUUUCCCCCUAAAAUUUACAAACUACAGUGUUCGUUUUUUGUACCACUUCUUUGUUGGAAUUGUUGUCAUCGACGUCGGGUGAACAACAGAAGAUUUCACUCAUAGCUACUUUACAAAAUAUUUAAAUUUGAGCUUUUCAGCGUCGGCUUCCGUUGAAAUAAAGAACAAUCUUGAUGGUUUAAAGAUGGCACGUCGAGAAACUUUGUCAGUUUUUAUCCUUUAGAUUGUCACGCGAUUACCGUCAAGUUUAUUCUUUCAUACUACUAGUAUUUGUUGUUAAAAACAUUUUGAAUCAGGAAUUUGUAAAAUAACAACAAAUUGUCAAACGUCAGAAUCUACGCUCGUUAUAAUAUUUGUUUACAAUAAUGUCCGUAUAUGUACUUUACUUUAUUUACAACUGCCGACGUGAAUGCCGAAGUAAUUGCCGAAGGAAUUUAAGGUGAUUUCAUUGCGUGCCUCGGCAAAAAAAAUUGCCGAGGCAAACUCGAAAAUUAUCGAAAGACUUCGGCAAUUAUUUGCCGAGGCAAAAAUAGUUGAAUUUCGAGGGUUGAAAGAAUAUCAAAACGUUGUGUUCUUUUUCUUAUGCUUCUGUUGUUGCUUAUGCUUGCACUUUAUCUUGCGUUGUAGUGAGGACACAGUGAGAACAAGACAAGCAUAAGAACAUCGAAGCAUUUCCGCUCGUUUAUCAUUGCGCUUACGCUUACGCUUGUGUUGUAAUGAAGACAAGGCUUAAUGAUGUAGGACAUAUAACUAGUUUACCCACAGGCUAGUGAAUGCUGCCUUGGUAUAGCAUUGUUCCCAAAUCUUUAAAUGAGUUUUUUGUAUGUUACGUAACACGCGCUCAAAACUAAUGCGUAUAAUAUACCACAUGAGAUUAUGACUAAAAUCAAAAUUUUUAUUUUUCGAUACGUUUCUCAAUCGGUAAAAAACCUUAAAAAGUAUGUUUAGUGCUUUAUCUGUAAAAUAAUGCUAAAAUGAAGAGAUUUUAGGUGAUACGCCGAAGAGAAAAUGAUGUCUGACGUUCAGUACGUUUUGCUUAAAUGGCUGUAAAUAUAGGUCAAUUUUAAGGCAUCAUUGAUAAUUGUAUUUUAAUUGGCAAUUUUUAACUAUUAUUUUAUGUUUCUCAACCGGCAGACGCAUUUAAAAGGUAGCUAACUCUAUAAACUGUAGAGAAUAAAGCUAAAACAAAGUAGUUUUGAGAGGAACGCCAAAACGAUUUUAGGUUUUGAAUACUUUUCAUUGCAAAUACGUGACAUUGAAAAGAAUUGCCUCUUAAUAUUUUAAAGAAUAAGAGUAAGAAAUAUUCGUAAUGAAUUGGAAUCAUCCAUAAUUUAUACACUUGAAUGUGCCGUAUGAGAACUCGGCGCCCGAAGUUUCGUAUCGAAAGAGGAACAGCCGAACAGGUACGAUGGCUAACAAGAAUGAGUGUACUUAUCAACUUAUCUAACGCGAGGAAAAGAUCAAAAUGGCAGGUAUGGCUGUGAUAUCUGGUAUAUAAAAUUGUAUAGACAAUUUGCCCACAAAUACGGUGCUAGAUCAAAACGGCCCAAAGUCAAAACGGCCCCGCUUCAAUAAUCAUGUGAUUUAGACCAGGGGUUAAUUAAAGGGCAAUGAAAAUGACAUGCAGGUGACAUUUAACAUGUGCGAGUGUGCGUCUCACUAAAUUUGCGUGUUUAAUAAUGUUAUGAUAAUGUUUAUCAAAGAAGGCAAAAAUAUAUACAAGACAACCUCACAUGUGGAAUCUGUUCACUUACGCACUGCGUUGUGAUGCAGUACAAGUACAAAUACUAAUGACAAAGCAUUUUUAAAAGCUUUAAAUCCUGAAACAUAAUUAAAUCAUACGGCACAUUCAAGAUUUUAAUAUCGUAUUUCAGCCCCGUUUAUACUGCUUGGCGCACAUUUGCUGCGUUAUAUUAAUUUAUAUAUUAUUAUACCUAUGUUAUAUACACAGAUUUAUUACUAAUACAGGGUCCGAAUUAUCGCUACAAAACAGCUUCGCAUUUUUUUUUGAAAAAUUUCACGUUAAAAUACACAUUUUAGGACCCGAUUUUUUUGAGCAUCAGAAAAAGCCGAAAAGGAAUGCGACGCAUGCAAUGAUUUUGCUAAGGCAUUUUGAACAUGAUUGCAAUUAUUUCACACUGGAUAAAGCACUACAUUCUGCUAAAAAUCAAACGCUUCCGUAGUAAAAUUGAAAAUUCUAAAAAUAUGUAUGCUCUCGCAUUUGUAUAAACAUUUGGACAACCUGGCUGUGACAAGUAAUUAUCGAAGCAAUGUUACCAUGUGCUCAAUGUCAAAACGUUACGUUUUCGUUGUUUUUUCCCCUAAAAAAAGGCUGCUAUUUUUCGCACGUAUACGUACAGAAAGUUUAAAUCUUUCUAAAUUUUAUUUAAGUUCUACCUACCUCAACAACUGAGCCUUUAAAUAGAUCACGAAACUAAAUGCAGGCCUUUUAUUCAUUUAAUUAUUUUAUAAGAAACUUUUAAAUGGUUCAAACUUUUCCAUGCAUGUACGCACGCACGCAUACGAAAAACGCUUAACUGGAAAGCAGCCUUAAUUAACAACACAAAAUUUCAAUCAGUAAACAUUGCUAAAGUCAAGGAAUUGCUGUAUUUACAGUAUACAGUAUAGACCUUAGGGAUACUUCACAAUUGGGCAUGUGUCCCCACGAUUAUGCAGGUCUAUUAUCCUUGUUUAUACAGGUAUACAUCGUUUAAAAUUCCAUGAUUUCUAUCUUCUUUGAAACGCUAAGAUGUAAGUUAUAUAAUUUUAAAUUAACAGUGAAGCAAAUGGCUAAACAAACAAUGAAUUGUCGUUCUCACCGUUGACAACUGUGAUGUCAACCUCAAAACACGAGCGCAGAACUCAAAAGUGAGAUGCUCCACACAAAUGAAAUGAAAUAGAAGAAAGUGAAGAUUCCAGUGAAAUGGAAGAAAGCUGGAUAUCAAGCAUUAACUAAAGAAGCUUCGCAAUUUUUAGAAAAAUUGCUUCGCAAUUUUACGCAAUAACCAAAAUCGCUUCGCAUUUUGCGAUUUGCGAAGCGUUAAUUCGGACCUUGUAAUAAAUCAACACUAUAUGAUAAUAUAUAAGAACUCACAAAGUGCAGUCACCUUUUUAUAAAUAAACCUUUUUAAAAGCAUAUCAUUGUAAUUGCAGACCAGAAGCAAAAAGCACAGCCACGUAGGCCUACCAGAUUUAUUAAGCAAUCGUGAGAUUAUAUACAUGGAAAGAAUAUGGAGAUUAUGUUAAGCACCCCGUAUAAUGACGAAAGCACCGCGUAUAAUGCUCGAACCAAUGCGUAUAAUGGCGAACGCACCGCGUAUAACGUUCGAACCACUGCGUAUCGACAAAAUGCCGUUUGAUCAGUACUUACCCCAGGUAUGGCUUUCCAUAAAAGAAAACCAAAGAUGAAAGAUGAUCACAUUAUUUGUUUGCCUUAUGCCUGUUUAUUAGGCAAAAAUAGCCUGCCGGCCUGGAAGCAGUGCAUUGUGGUAGGCCGAAAUACGCCGAAACGAUCGAGAUUUCAUCUGCCUUAUAUAUAUAUACACAUAUACAUAAAGAUAUAAAGAUUAGGUCUGCUGCCUCGCUCGCUCGCUUCACGCUCGCUCGCUACGGCAGCAAUGACAAGAUCUCUGAUAACUGCACAUGCAGGUUGAUCACCAUCAAUUGGCUGUAGGAUAGUGCCCAGUGAAACCAACCUAUUUAAAGCUUGUGACCAUGAAUAAAAACAAACAUUUCGUUUUCCUUCAGGUUUUGGCUUUGUUUGUUUCCAAUCUCCUGAGGAAGCCACCAAGGCGGUGACUGAAAAGAACGGCCAGAUAGUCAUGACGAAGCCAUUGUAUGUUGCACUUGCUCAACGCAAGGAAGAGCGUCAGGCACAGCUCGCAGCUCAACACAUGCAGCGUGUCGCUGGAAGAAUGAUCCAGCAAGGAACUCAACCAGUUGGUCAGAUGUUCACUGGUGGAUUUUAUCCUGCCAUGGCCACAUUCCCACCUGUAUGUAGUUUGUUACUUUGUUUAUAUUGUAGACUAUAUUUGCUCCAUUAUGAACAUUCAGGAAGCAGCAAGUCACUUUGAUAGUCUAGUUAUUGCAUUCGGUGCAUUGUAUGAGUAGAGAGCUAUAGAGUUGACUGGAAGAAGAAAAGCUAUUAAAUCUGUCAACCAUUAUACAACUAUAUAAGGCACAAGGUUAGUGAUUAGUCAGCAUCACUAGCAAGCUGCAAAUCGUUGAAUUCAACUUUUUAUGCUCAUUAUUUGCUCAUUUCAGGGUCAGCGUCCAGCAUUGUUCCCGCUUCAAGUUGAACAAAGAAGUUUCCCCACCCUUUGCCUAAUGUCACAUGCUUUUAUUCAUCUUAGAGUCAAUAUUUGCUCAAUCCAUCAGUCCUGGCUCAAGCAUCUCCCCCAGAUCAGAAACAAAUGUUAGGUGAACGUUUGUUCCCUCUGAUCCAACAAACCCAUCCUGAUAUGGCUGGUAAGAUCACAGGCAUGUUGUUGGAGAUUGAUAAUGCUGAGUUGCUGCACAUGUUGGAGUACCGUGAGGCGCUUGCUGCCAAGGUUGAAGAGGCUGUCGCCGUCCUCCAAGCUCAUCAAGCAGGUCUAGAAAUGCCCGAUAUGUCUGGACAACGGGUCAAUCCGGUGCCUGGUGCAGGACCGCGUAGCCAGAAAUAUCGGCCAGCUGUGAAUAAAGCAGGUGCAGGAAUGCCCGGUAUGUCUGGACAACGGUUUAGUCCGGUAUCAGGGGCAGGACCACGUAGCCAGAAAUAUCGGCCAGCUGUGAAUAAAGCGGGUACAGAAAUGCCCGGUAUGUCUGGACAACGGGUUAGUCCGGUACCAGGGGCAGGACCACGUAGCCAGAAAUAUCGGCCAGCUGUGAAUCCAGUGGGUGCAGCCCAACAACCUCCAGCUAACGCUGCAAACUCUUCUACUGGCGGCGUGGCUAUACCUGUAAGUACAGCAAUUGUUUGAGCAUCACUGAUAUCAUAUUUAACACAUGCCCUAACCUGAGUAUCAGGCUCUAUUUUACAAAUAAUAGCCUGACACAAACCUUAAUCUGAUUACUUUCCACCCACAGCAAAGUUUACAUUUAGUAUCCAAUCAAAAUGUCGCGGAAGAAAUUUAAAUUUCACACAAUGACAACAACAAUCUAAUUAUAGUUGUGAUCACUAUAAAAUAUAUCAACAACAGUAGUAUAAUCUAAUUAGCACCAACCAAUCAAAUAACAGAUUAAAAAAUCUUUUGUCUCAUAGACCAAUCAGAUUUACAACCGAAAUACGGUUGUACGGCAUGGACUUUUGUUAAGGUUUGUAUCAGGCCUAUUUAUUUAUUUAUUUAUAGGCCUGAUCGCAGGUUACACAUGCCCUAGUUCACAGAUGGGGUUUUUUCAUCGUAGAACCAAGAUUUGCUCAAUCCAUCAGUCCUGGCUCAAGCAUCUCCCCCAGGUCAGAAGCAAAUGUUAGGUGGACGUCUGUUCCCUCUGAUCCAACAAACCCAUCCUGAUCUGGCUGGUAAGAUCACAGGCAUGUUGUUGGAGAUUGAUAAUGCUGAGUUGCUGCACAUGUUGGAGUACCGUGAGGCGCUUGCUGCCAAGGUUGAAGAGGCUGUCUCCGUCCUCCAAGCUCAUCAAGCAGGUCUAGAAAUGCCCGAUAUGUCUGGACAACGGGUCAAUCCGGUGCCUGGUGCAGGACCGCGUAGCCAGAAAUAUCGGCCAGCUGUGAAUAAAGCGGGUGCAGAAAUGCCCGGUAUGUCUGGACAACGGAUUAGUCCGGUACCAGGGGCAGGACCACGUAGCCAGAAAUAUCGGCCAGCUGUGAAUCCAGUGGGUGCAGCCCAACAACCUCCAGCUAACGCUGCAAACUCUUCUACUGGCGGCGUGGCUAUACCUGUAAGUACAGCAAUUGUUUGAGCAUCACUGAUAUCAUAUUUAACACAUGCCCUAACCUGAGUAUCAGGCUCUAUUUUACAAAUAAUAGCCUGACACAAACCUUAAUCUGAUUACUUUCCACCCACAGCAAAGUUUACAUUUAGUAUCCAAUCAAAAUGUCGCGGAAGAAAUUUAAAUUUCACACAAUGACAACAACAAUCUAAUUAUAGUUGUAAUCACUAUAAAAUAUAUCAACAACAGUAGUAUAAUCUAAUUAGCACCAACCAAUCAAAUAACAGAUUAAAAAAUCUUUUGUCUCAUAGACCAAUCAGAUUUACAACCGAAAUACGGUUGUACGGCAUGGACUUUUGUUAAGGUUUGUAUCAGGCCUAUUUAUUUAUUUAUUUAUAGGUCUGAUCGCAGGUUACACAUGCCCUAGUUCACAGAUGGGUUUUUUCAUCGUAGAACCAAGAUUUGCUCAAUCCAUCAGUCCUGGCUCAAGCAUCUCCCCCAGAUCAGAAGCAAAUGUUAGGUGGACGUCUGUUCCCUCUGAUCCAACAAACCCAUCCUGAUCUGGCUGGUAAGAUCACAGGCAUGUUGUUGGAGAUUGAUAAUGCUGAGUUGCUGCACAUGUUGGAGUACCGUGAGGCGCUUGCUGCCAAGGUUGAAGAGGCUGUCUCCGUACUCCAAGCUCAUCAAGCAGGUCUAGAAAUGCCCGAUAUGUCUGGACAACGGGUCAAUCCGGUGCCUGGUGCAGGACCGCGUAGCCAGAAAUAUCGGCCAGCUGUGAAUAAAGCAGGUGCAGGAAUGCCCGGUAUGUCUGGACAACGGUUUAGUCCGGUAUCAGGGGCAGGACCACGUAGCCAGAAAUAUCGGCCAGCUGUGAAUAAAGCGGGUGCAGAAAUGCCCGGUAUGUCUGGACAACGGGUUAGUCCGGUUCCAGGGGCAGGACCACGUAGCCAGAAAUAUCGGCCAGCUGUGAAUCCAGUGGGUGCAGCCCAACAACCUCCAGCUAACGCUGCAAACUCUUCUACUGGCGGCGUGGCUAUACCUGUAAGUACAGCAAUUGUUUGAGCAUCACUGAUAUCAUAUUUAACACAUGCCCUAACCUGAGUAUCAGGCUCUAUUUUACAAAUAAUAGCCUGACACAAACCUUAAUCUGAUUACUUUCCACCCACAGCAAAGUUUACAUUUAGUAUCCAAUCAAAAUGUCGCGGAAGAAAUUUAAAUUUCACACAAUGACAACAACAAUCUAAUUAUAGUUGUGAUCACUAUAAAAUAUUUGAUCACAUUGGCCGUGACUUAGAUCGUGGUAAACAAAUUGACGUAAUUUAUUUAGACAUGUCAAAGGCCUUUGAUAAAGUGAGCCACGCAAAGCUGUUACAUCGCCUUCGUGAAUUCGGGUUUGGAGGAAGCAUUCUCAAAUGGUUCGGUUCAUAUCUGACCAACCGAUAUCAACAAACGACCGUUCUUGGAGCAACGUCGAGGCCGCUUCCAGUAACAUCAGGAGUGCCGCAGGGGUCCAUCCUCGGUCCAUUAUUGUUCCUUCUAUAUGAGAAUCAUCUCUCCAAUUCCGUGACCAAUUCAAGGAUUGCUAUAUUCGCGGACGAUACCAAGAUCUUCAAGACCAUCAAUUUGAUCUCUGAUGCGUCUGCUCUACAGAAUGAUCUGUCAAACUUCCAAGAAAGCUCAAGCACUAUUAACCUCGAAUUAAAUAACACCAAAUGCAAAGUCUUAAGAGUCACCCGAAAGCACAAUAAAAUUACUUAUCCAUACAAACUUAACGAUACCAUCCUAGAAUGCACGGACUGUGAACGAGAUCUUGGAGUUUUAACAUCUUCUACUCUGACUUGGUCUAAACAAGUUGACCACCUGUGCAACAAAGCCACCAAAAUGCUAGGAUAUGUCCGAAGAUCAAACAUCAAAGAUAUCACGGUUCGCCGCAGACUAUAUUUAUGUCUUGUUCGUUCCCAGCUAUGCUAUGGAUCUCAAAUUUGGGCACCACAAUCAGUAACCUUAAUUAAACGCGUGGAAAGACUUCAAAGACGCGCAACAAAGUACAUCCUGAAUCUGCCCUUCCGUUGUGGCACAACCUACAACCAGAGACUUGCACUUUUAGAUCUCCUUCCAUUGUGCUACUGGCAUGAAUUUCUAGAUAUGGUAACCUUCUACAAAUUAACGCAUGGCAUCAUGACCAUUGACAGUAAUUUAAUACAGUCGUCACCCAAUAACAACAGAAGACAAACCAGGUCGUCUAAUCCCAAUCACCUGUCAAUCACAACGGCACAAUGCAAGACCACUACCUACCAAAGGUCAUUUCUCAACCGAACAAAGAGACUAUGGAACGCAUUACCAAAAAGUUUGACAAGCAAUAACAUUAGUUUAGGACAAUUCAAAAACGGACUUUCAAAAUAUUACAAGUUAGCGUUGGAAGACGUUUUUAACGUUGAUGAUUCAAGGACAUGGAAAUCUAUAUGUUUGUCUUGUAACAAGUCUCGUAAUCUGUCCUGUCAAAUAUCGUGUUGUUAUUAGAUUUAUGUUCGUUGUAUAUUGUUGUAUAGUAUUAAAAUAGUUAAUGGGCCGCUGUAAUUGGUGAAAACUGUUGCGUGCACCCUGCCAAUGAAACACAUAUUAUUAUAUGUUGUUGUAAAUCAGUGGUGUUAUAUGUUGCAUGUUACUUGGCAAAGUUAAAUAAAUUAAAAUAUAUCAACAACAGUAGUAUAAUCUAAUUAGCACCAACCAAUCAAAUAACAGAUUAAAAAAUCUUUUGUCUCAUAGACCAAUCAGAUUUACAACCGAAAUACGGUUGUACGGCAUGGACUUUUGUUAAGGUUUGUAUCAGGCCUAUUUAUUUAUUUAUUUAUAGGCCUGAUCGCAGGUUACACAUGCCCUAGUUCACAGAUGGGUUUUUUCAUCGUAGAACCAAGAUUUGCUCAAUCCAUCAGUCCUGGCUCAAGCAUCCCCCCCAGAUCAGAAGCAAAUGUUAGGUGGACGUCUGUUCCCUCUGAUCCAACAAACCCAUCCUGAUCUGGCUGGUAAGAUCACAGGCAUGUUGUUGGAGAUUGAUAAUGCUGAGUUGCUGCACAUGUUGGAGUACCGUGAGGCGCUUGCUGCCAAGGUUGAAGAGGCUGUCUCCGUACUCCAAGCUCAUCAAGCCCGUGAGCAAACACCAGCAGAACAACCCAAGAAGUAA